GGAAAGCUAAUCCUGACUGGGACUCAUGGCUUUGUAAUGCUAAUGAGCUCCUAUAAAUAGAGGAGCACGACCCUCAUUCCCAACACAACUGACUCGCUCUCCUCAGAGAAAGUUCUCUCCAUCUGAAAGAAUGGCUCCAACCUACAAGACUGACUACUCUAAACUUUCCAACAAGGAAAAGCAUAAAUUGAGAAAACCAGUGGUGGAAAAGAUGCGCCGAGAUCGCAUCAACAGCUGCAUCGAGCAGCUCAAAUCCAUGCUGGAGAAGGAAUUCCACCAGCAGGAUCCAAACACCAAGCUGGAGAAAGCUGACAUCCUGGAGAUGACGGUGGUUUUUCUGAAACAGCAGCUGCAGCCCAAGACCUCAGCUCCACAGAAAGCCCACUUUGACGGCUAUUCCCAGUGUUGGAGGGAGACCGUGAGCUUCUUAUCUGGAAACACCAAGGUGGACGCUGUACGUCAGCAUCUGAACCACUGCCAAGAAUCCCAGAGAUCAUCUAAAGACCUCACUCACGUGUCUCCAGCUUCCCAUCAGCCCAGCAAGGUGAAGCAGGAACCAUGUGCUCACAGACCUCUCUGGAGACCCUGGUAGACGAUGAAAGACUUCCACAGAAAAACUAGAUGGUGGUUUUACCAUCUCUUAUGUUGUAGGAGAUACACAUUUCCAUUUCUAUGUUUAUUUCAACUGCUUCAUAUUGAAGUUUCAAUUGUUUUAUUCUUGAUAAGAUUUAUAAGACAUUUGCCUUGUGUUGGUCUAGAGGCUUGUUUCCCCAUCCUAAUGUUGUUUGGCUUGCAAACAGUGAUAUUGCUCAGAAUCUGAGCUCUUUGUAAGGUCCUGAUGGAUGUUGAUUUGAUACAGCCUUUUGUAAAGGCUAAAGAAAAACAAUAUUUGUUCUUAUGAUGGCAUUCUUGUGCGCUGAA